AUGCGAGUCGGGCCCCCCUCCGCGGCGUCGUCUUGCCCGUGGUCGGCGCGGGGGCCGCGGGACCGGCCGGAGCGCAGGCGGAGCGGGCUGGCGCACGUGCUGUCCGACAACAUCUACCCGGUGGAGGACCUCGCCGCCACGUCGGUGACCAUCUUCCCCAAUGCCGACCUGGGAGGCCCUUUCGACCAGAUGAACGGCGUGGCCGGAGAUGGCAUGAUCAACAUUGACAUGACUGGCGAGAAGAGGUCCUUGGAUCUCACAUACCCCAGCAGUUUUGCUCCCGUCUCUGCACCCAGGAACCAGACCUUCACUUACAUGGGCAAGUUCUCCAUUGACCCCCAGUACCCUGGUGCCAGCUGCUACCCAGAAGGCAUUAUUAAUAUCGUGAGUGCAGGUAUCCUGCAAGGGGUCACUUCCCCGGCCUCGACCACAGCCUCAUCCAGCGUCACUUCUGCUUCGCCCAACCCAUUGGCCACAGGCCCCCUGGGUGUGUGCACCAUGUCCCAGGCCCAGCCCGACCUGGACCAUCUCUACUCGCCGCCGCCACCGCCUCCUUAUUCGGGCUGUGCAGCAGGAGAGCUCUACCAGGACCCCUCGGCCUUCCUGUCAGCAGCCACCACCUCCAGCUCCUCCUCGCUGGCCUACCCUCCGCCUCCCUCCUACCCGUCCCCCAAGCCAGCAGCGGACCCAGGUCUCUUCCCCAUGAUCCCAGACUACCCUGGAUUUUUUCCACCACAGUGCCAGAGAGACCUCCAUGGCACAGCCGGCCCAGACCGCAAGCCCUUUCCUUGUCCUCUGGACUCCCUCCGGGUCCCCCCUCCACUCACUCCACUCUCCACCAUCCGUAACUUUACCCUGACGGGGCCCGGUGGCGGGGCUGCAGGCCCGGGGGCCAGUGGAGGCAGCGAGGGACCCCGGCUGCCAGGCAGUAGCUCAGCAGCUGCGGCCGCCGCCGCCUAUAACCCACACCACUUGCCGCUGCGGCCUAUUCUGCGGCCUCGAAAGUACCCCAACAGGCCCAGCAAGACCCCCGUGCACGAGCGACCCUACCCGUGCCCAGCAGAAGGCUGUGACCGGCGCUUCUCCCGCUCGGAUGAGCUGACGCGGCAUAUCCGCAUCCACACAGGGCACAAGCCCUUCCAGUGCCGGAUCUGCAUGCGCAACUUCAGCCGCAGCGACCACCUCACGACCCACAUCCGCACCCACACCGGGGAGAAGCCCUUUGCCUGUGACUACUGUGGCCGCAAGUUCGCCCGGAGCGACGAGAGGAAGCGCCACACCAAGAUCCACCUGCGGCAGAAGGAGCGGAAGAGCAGCGCCCCCCCAUCGUCCAUGCCGGCUGCCUCCACCACCUCCUGUCCGGGGGCUCCACAGGCCGGGGGCCCCCUGUGCAGCAGCAGCAACAGCACCAUUGGCGGAGGGCCCCUGGCGCCUUGCUCCUCUCGGACCCGGACCCCUUGAGACGAGACUCAGGCCUAC